UAUCAUUUUAUUUGCAAUAUUAAUUUUUCAUUAUUAUGUUAUCACUAAUGCAUGUAAAAUUGUUUAGCUGGUUAUAGUAGAAACAUUUAAAUCGUGUAUCAAAUAAUACAUAGUAACAAUGAUUAUAGGUUUUUGUCUCCUGUGGAUGGAAUCUAAAGAGGAAAAUGUUGCACUUACAAUCAUCCAAAGAGAUAAUACAUUAUCUAUAGAUGAAUCUCUACUAAUGUCCUUGUCUCAUAACAAGCCAAAAAAAUCGGUGACUACUACAAUAGUUCCGAAAGAUUAUAUUUGCACGCAGGGUGAUCUUGCACUCAUCGAUUGGAUUAAAGAAAUCCCUUGUGAACCAAGGGUAGAAGUCGUGCUUAUUGAUGAUGCUUUUGUGGAAAGGAAGUGGAUGGAAUGCCUAUUUCAACCGGACGCAUAUCUAGGUGAUGAGGUGAUAGACUGUUACAUAAAUUUAAUAAAAGCUCAAGAGCAUCUAAAAUGCCGAUCUGGAGGUCGUGUACACAUAGAAAAUGCUUUUCAGUUCAACUUUCUAAAGCGAGACGGUGAUGUUGAAACUAAAACAGAUGAGUUAUAUCCAAGUAAAGACAUGACACAAAUAUCUAGCGCUGAAAGAAGAGUUUUACUUUAUCUAGACCAUGACAUGGUGUUUAUUCCAAUAAAUAUCCGAGAAAUGCACUGGUAUCUUGCUGUGAUCAAUGCAAGAAAUAUGGAGAUACAAGUGCUCGACUCACUUGGUACAUCAUCCGGUCGCAAUGACCUCAUUGACACUCUCCUCGUGUGGCCUCUUUCUACUAAACUAUAUCGAGUACUGGACAGGGGACGAACUAUCUGA